AUGGCUGCCACCCCAAAUUGGCCAGGCUGCGCACGCACGACUGAUGAAGUCCAAGCAGACGCAGACGCCGCCACAGAAGUCGAGCGCCAGCGCCUUUUCAGUGAGCAGGAAGAACCUCGCAAGCAAGCCUCCACAGCUCAUCACUUCGACGAAGACGCCAUCGUCGCGUACUGUAAAAGUCCCGAUGCACGUUUGGCAGACGGCAGCGACAAUUCAGUCUUCAGGUACCACCAUGACGCCGUAAUCAAGGAGGGCUGCGUGAUCCUCGAACAGGAGUUCGGGAAUUUGCGAUAUGCAUACCGGAAAGCCGAAGGCCGAUUCGAAAGCCACGACCUCGUCACGGAGUACAUCGAAGGUCCGCUCUGCGACAACCUCGUUAAACCCGAGACCAUCGACAAAAUCGCAAAAAUCAUCGAGCAUAUCUCCACCUUCCGUUCAGACCAGCCGGGCCCUGUCGGUGGCGGCUCGUCAUGGGGCCAGCUGUCUUGGGACGAGCCGCCUCUAUACGAAAAUAUCGCCGAAAUGGAAGAGUACUGGAAUCGCCGCCUCAGGAUUCAGAAACGGAAGUUCAUAAACGCUUUUGUAAACGCGUCGAUGGACUUCAAGACCUCGCAAUUGGUCUUUGUGCACAUGGACAUCUCACCUCGCAACAUCGUCUGCUGUUCCGAUGGCCGACUGUCUCUCCUCGACUUUAAGCACGCGGGCUUCUACUCACGAUGCUUCGAGCGUCUCUGUCUGCGUAACACCAAUUGCGGCGAAGAUCUCGACUACUCGAACGCGAUGGUGGCGAAUGUACGGUUGAGCGAGGAGGACGCCGUGCAAGAGGAGAAGAUGGAGCAGGCGAUUUGCAACAAUGUGGGGCAUACUGUCCAUCAAAUGAGACCUACGCCGCCACCAUUGAACCCUCCGCCUGCAGUCCACUUCGACGAAGGCGCCAUCGUAGCGUACUGUGAGGAUCGAGGAGCGCGCAUGGCGGACGGCACCUUCUUCUCCGCGAACUGUUUUGCCUACGACCACCUCGACCACACACUGGUUAGAGUCCCAAAGGUCUAUCACUGCUUCAACGCGGGCCGCAAACAGUACGUUGUCAUGGAACACAUUGAAGGCACACCCUGUGACAACCGUGGGGGGCCCGAGACCAUCGCACAGAUUGCAAGAAUGAUAGACCACAUCUCAUCCUUCACUCCAAGCCACGAUACAAGCUAUCCACCCGAUCGUCCUGGACUAGUCGAAUGUGGCGUCACACAAGUUCUGCUGUGGGAGAACGAGGCGACGGAGAUCAUCAGUAUGGAGCAACUGGAGGAGUACUGGAAUCGCCGGCUGCGCUUGACUGAGGGAAAGGAUGCGAGGAUGGGGUUCGAGAAGUCGCAAUUGGUCUUUGUGCAUGGAGACAUCGCGCCUCGUAACAUCAUCUGCUGCCCGGACGGCAGGCUUGCUCUUCUCGACUACGACUGGGCCGGCUUUUACCCAAAGUGCUUCGAGCGCGCCACGAGGCGACUCAACUUGCAGGGGGGGUGA